AUGCCGCCGGCGCAGAUUGUUCGGCUGCAAAUCCCGCAAUGGAUUGGACACCGCGGUUCGUUCGACUCGGCCAACGUUGAGCUCUUCCUGAUCGCCUCCUUCUCCAUCUUGACGCUGAUCAUGCUGGCCGGGCUGUGCUUCAUGUGCUGCUACUUCCCGUGGAAACGGAUCAAGGACGACCGGAAGUAUCGUGAGCUCGAAUCGCGGUUGCGCAAGAAGCGCGAUAAGAAGCUGAAAGAAGGCGAACUUCAAUUGCCGUACCCGUAUCGCCAGGGUGGGUUCUGGGACGCGAAUAACGACAACACGGAAAAGCGCCACGCCAAGAAAGCCACCGCCCAGGACAUGGAAAUCGGGGUGACGGCUGAGACUGUUGCCGCCGCCGUGCGUAUCAUCAUGGAGGACGGCGGGCUGAGCGACGAGCCCGUGUCAUCCGCCUCAAAAGCAGACUCGCAGAUCAUCAUCGUGGAACGGGGAGGAAGUGCG